GCCGGCCAGACGGACAAUGUUUGCGCGGAGACGAGUAGUAGAACUACGGAUGAAUAUGAUCAACAGUAUGAUGGCAGCAUCAAUCAAGGAGCUUUGUCGGACGACGAGGACGACGAGGAAAGCAGUCUUUUCUUCCACCAUGCAAUUGCUGGAGCCGCAGGGUUAUAUCCUAUGGGGCAAGGCGGGACCGGUGCAGCUGCUCUAUCUCUUGAAAACCAGCAGAGCCUAUGGAAGUUUUGGGGCACGCAAACCGUGGACGACCUGGAGUGCGUCGGGUUUGAAGCCCAUCUCUCCCGGAAGAGAAAACUGAUUCUGUUUUUCGAGAAAGAUGUCCUUGUCCAGAUUGAGGUGCGGAUUAGUGGGUCUACAGGACCACAAACGGGAGCAGGAGCGGCGGAUGGAAGGGCCAAGAUUUUGAGAACGCGGGUCAAGAAUUUUAGGAUUUCAACAUCACUACCUGCUUUUGCAGAAAACCGAGAUGAACAAGCGCCAAAAAGAACUCCUGUGCAAUUUUCUUCAUCCUUCCAGCUUCCCGAGUCCGAGUUUCAGCCGAAAGAAGAGUGGGGCUGCCGCAACUUCGAGCAGGAGGAGCGGGUUUUCAAGUCCCAAAACCUCCCUAUGGAACUGUCAGGAUUGAAAUUGACAAAGUUGAAAAAUUUGUGAUGCAUAAAACCGAUACCAGUGGGAAGCCCAAUUUCUAAGCGGUGCAUGACAAAUUUCGACGUCAUCGAAUUCCAGCUUCUCAUGCUGUUUGGCGAAAGAAGGUAUCCUUUGUCAUUCUACUUUAGCAGCUCUAUCCCAAACCCGAAACAGGCUCACAGUCGACCUCUCUUGCAAUCCCUGCAAGAGAGUCACUUCGUGCCUUGCAUUUCAUGCAUCACAGAUUAAUAUUUCAACUUUGUCGAUUUCAAUCUUGACACACCCAUACUCCCCCUGCCCGCGGAGCACUCCUACCAAAGUGUGAUACUGGCGAAGAGUGCACGGCUGAAAUCUUUAGCGUUCCAGGACUUGGAGAAAGCCGUGGGGGACGGCGGGGGAAGAAGAGGUGGAAGCGACGAUCCGAGUAGAAAUGAUGGCGAUCCACCCGACCAUGCGAGGAGGACAGCAUCAUCAUCGUCGUCUGACUCUCUCCUUGCAGGAGCCUUCAACUUCGAAAAGGCGCUUUUUGCGCUGCCCGGAGAGGUCGAGAAACUGACGAGGGUCCCGCUACCGCUAUGAAUUGCAAAUAUGUAGUCUGGGUCUGGUAACUUGUCAUGGUAAAUCUGAAGCAUACAAAAAUCUGUGUUGCAUGAGUGCCAAAAGCUGUCCACUUUCGACCAAGUUCUGAGGCAGUUUCUCGCGCAGGAUAGGCAUGGUGGAGACCUCGCAGAGUCUGUCAUGCUAAGUCCCGCAUUCCAGACCUCAGCGGUCAUGGAAAACCUGCAUGACAAGUUGACACUCUUCCAGACCCAGACAUAUUUGCAUUUGAUAACCGCCCCAAUUGAACGAGAUCCAGCACCUCGAAUUUGACUACUCCGCGAUAACGCACUCGCAAAAGGCACUGUCCCCCCGGUUCGUGAAAUCGCACGGGCAUUUCUUCAUGAACGUGCCGAACGGGCUAUCACAAUGAAAAACGCCCCCACCCCCGAACUUGGGAGCAUUUGUAUUGCAAACCUUUCCAACAGAAACACUCGCCCUCUUGCAUCUAGCAGCAUCACAGAUUUCCAAUCGUGAAUAGCGAAAGUUUGUAUUGCAACAGAUCCCAGCAAGAGUGGCGCUUGUCAUGCAAGCAAUGCUAUAUACGCUUACGCUUACGCCUAGACUCUGCAUCACAAAGAUUCAUAUUCCUUUCAUGCGUGACAAAAAGUUUUCAUUCGGAAACUUCGCAUCAAAAAUUAUUGCAACUUUGGGGGUGGGGGCAUUUUUCACGGUAAUACGGGCAGAUGGCGUUAACUGCGAAGUCGGACACGGUUUUGUCGGAAAAACUUGGCUAUCCUGUGCAAAAGUAUCGUAGUCGUACUAAUUGCAAAUAUGCAUGACAAAUCUCCUUCCUAAGGUAAAACAGCACUACAAAUUCCACUUUUCUUAUUGCUAAAAUUAGUGAUGCAAUUUAUACUAGUACGAUACUUUUGCAAUGCAUAUUGGCAAAGUCGACGCAACCUUCCUUGUCACAAACUACACCAACACCGGGCAACAGGAAAUCGUGUCGAAUGUCGCUUGGUCUUCAGGAGCUGCAGAUGGAAGUAGAAGCAGUAGCACCAGCACAGCAGGAGCUUCACCUUCAACUACAAAGACCA